AUGGCCCGGGAGAACGGCGAGAGCAGCUCCUCCUGGAAAAAGCAAGCUGAAGACAUCAAGAAAAUCUUCGAGUUCAAGGAGACCCUCGGAACUGGGGCAUUUUCGGAAGUGGUCUUAGCUGAAGAGAAGGCAACUGGAAAACUCUUUGCGGUCAAGUGUAUUCCCAAGAAGGCGCUGAAGGGCAAAGAAAGCAGCAUUGAGAAUGAGAUCGCCGUCCUGAGAAGGAUUAAGCAUGAGAACAUCGUGGCCCUGGAAGACAUCUAUGAAAGCCCAAAUCACUUGUACUUGGUCAUGCAGCUUGUAUCUGGUGGAGAGCUGUUUGACCGGAUAGUGGAGAAAGGAUUUUACACAGAGAAAGACGCUAGCACUCUGAUCCGCCAGGUCUUGGAUGCGGUCUACUAUCUCCAUAGAAUGGGUAUUGUCCACAGAGACCUCAAGCCUGAGAACCUGUUGUACUACAGCCAAGAUGAGGAGUCCAAAAUCAUGAUCAGUGACUUUGGAUUGUCCAAAAUGGAAGGCAAAGGAGACGUGAUGUCCACAGCAUGUGGGACCCCAGGCUAUGUCGCUCCUGAAGUCCUCGCCCAGAAGCCCUACAGCAAAGCCGUCGACUGCUGGUCCAUCGGGGUGAUCGCCUACAUCUUGCUCUGCGGCUACCCUCCUUUCUAUGAUGAAAAUGACUCCAAGCUCUUUGAGCAGAUCCUCAAGGCGGAAUAUGAGUUUGACUCCCCCUACUGGGAUGACAUCUCCGACUCUGCAAAAGACUUCAUUCGGAACCUGAUGGAGAAAGAUCCGAAUAAAAGAUACACCUGCGAGCAGGCAGCUCGGCACCCAUGGAUCGCUGGUGACACAGCCCUCAGCAAAAACAUCCACGAGUCGGUCAGCGCCCAGAUCCGAAAGAACUUCGCCAAAAGCAAGUGGAGACAAGCGUUUAAUGCCACGGCCGUCGUGAGACAUAUGAGAAAACUGCAUCUUGGCAGCAGCCUGGACAGUUCAAAUGCAAGUGUUUCGAGCAGCCUCAGUCUGGCCAGCCAAAAAGAUUGUCUGACACCCUCCACGCUCUGUAGUUUCAUGUCCUCUUCGUCCGGGGUCUCAGGAGUGGGAGCGGAUCGGAGACCGAGGCCCACCACUGUGACGACAGUGCACUCUGGAAGCAAGUGA